AUGGCGAUUAAAGAAGAUAAACAUGUAAAGAUGAUGUUUAGUAGGAUCCAGAAAAUGCCCCAAGUAAAUGCUACUGAGUUGUAUGUAAGUUUGGAGGCGAGUGUAGACAACAGUACUGAGGUGGUGCAAGAAACAUCUACGGCUUUACAAUUUACAACCCUAGAUGAUGGAUGCACUACAAUGGGAGGUUAUACGCUCUCAUCUCAAGAAUAUGUUGCGAAUACUGGUGGAACCCUCUACUCUCAAGAGACACAUUUAGAGGAGGAAGACGAAGACGAAGACGAAGACGAAGAUCAUGCUGUGAAUGAUGGUGAAAAUAAUGAUGAUAUGGAUCAGUAUGAAGAGAGGAUUGAGCGAGGUGACUUUGAGAACGAUGUGGAUGAGCAUGAAGUCGUUCCUAAUUUUGAAGAGGAAAAUAUGGAUUGUAUACCCUUUGGGCUGCGAAGAGAUGGUAGAAUGAUGGAUUCUAAUUUUGUUGCAUCAGAAAUUGUGGGAAGAUUGCGAAAAAAGCACACUGCUACUGUUGAUGAGCUUUGGGAGAUCAUCCGUACUAAGUUGCGAAAGUUGUUGGCAUACUUGGAUCAGGAUUCGGGUACCCAGUAUAGCUAUCACACCAUACCUAAGCCAUUAGAAGGUACUACGUUACUGCGCUAUGUAUAUUGGGCAUUCGCUCCAUGCAUUGCUGCAUUCCAGUAUUGCAGGCCAGUGAUCAGUAUUGAUGGAACUCAUUUAUAUGGUAAAUACAAAGGGGUAUUGAUGAUUGCAAUGGCAACCGAUGCUAAUCAAAAGGUUUUGCCUAUCGCCUUUGCUGUUGUGGACAAGGAGUCAGGGGCUAGUUGGGGGUGGUUUUUAGAGUGUCUCAGGACUUCAAUAGAGCGUGUUAUUGAAAAUAAGGACAUUUGCAUUAUUUCUGACCGACAUAAAGGUAUCAAAUGCGCCAUUCGAGAGUGGCCUAGAGGGCAAGACAGAAGAGAACGGGUAUAUCAUCGAUAUUGCCUUCGACAUGUUGCUAGCAACUUCAACACACAUUUUAAUAACCCGACUCUAAAGGCAUUGGCCUUGAAAGCUGGAUAUGCGACUCAUGAUGCUAAAUUUGUGUCCAUAAUGCAAACCAUUAAGGAGGCCGAGAUUAAUUUACUGAGGGGUGUAGACCCUACUGAUCGCCGGAUUAUACGUUAUAUGCCAUACACAUAUCUAAUGAGUGAGGAUGUAGACAAAUGGACCCAGUCACAUGAUGGUGGAAGACGUUACGGGGCAAUGACAACCAAUAUCUCUGAGUGCUUUAAUGGGGUUCUUAAAGGUGCCCGCGGUUUGCCCAUUGCUGCAAUGGUUGAGUUCACUUAUUUUAAACUUGUUGCAUAUUUCCACGAUCGACAUAAACAAAUUACUUCUGAUCUCUCUCGAGGUAAGGUGUGGAGUGAUUAUGCAAUGGAGAUCUAUAACAAAAAUGAGCAGAAAAUUGCAGGACACACUCUGAGGAAUUAUAAUCAUGCAGAGGGUAUAUAUCAAGUGGUUACCCCGUAUAACGACCAUAGAGCUGGAGGGGGAAAUCACAGUCAUGAUGUGCGCAUAUUUGAUAGAACCUGUGGUUGUGGAAAGUGGCAAAACUUGAAGAUCCCUUGUUCGCAUGCAAUUAAAGUUCUUAAAGCUCUGCAUCUCGAUGCGCCCAGCUAUAUUGACCCAUGUUACAGUCUGAACAACGCCAUUCUCACAUAUUCACAUAAUUUUGUGGUGCCAAAGUCAGAGUCAUUAUGGAGAGACGUUCGCGGACCACGGUGGGUGCCUGACCCACGAUUGUUGCGGGCCAAAGGUCGUCCUACGAUGUCAAGAAUAAGGAAUGAAAUGGAUGGGGUACGGCGAGAACGGGGAAGCCGGAGGGAAGAUCCGGAGUUGAGGGAGAUUCAACCGAGGCAACGAUGUACAGUGUGUCAUCAAGAGGGGCAUAACCGUAGAUGUUGUCCCAAUUCCCAUGGGGCUUCGACAAGUGGUAGUGCUAUGAACUAGGCAAGCGGAGACUUUAUUUUCGUAAGUGACAUUGUACGUGGGACUUGUCGUUAUCUUCUGUAUGGACAAGCUAGGUGAUUAUGUAGAGUAUGUUGUAUCAGUAUGGACAAGUGUUAGGUGACUAUGUAUAAUAUGUUAUAUCCGCUAGGCGAAUAUGUAGACUAUGUUGUAUUAACUUAGUUGUUAUUUUGUUUAUUGUUGUAAAUUACGAAUAAUUGAACUCUUUGC